ACAAAAAUCAAAGCUUGAAGAAGCAGGAUUCAUGAAAAAAGUUCUGAUGCGCCAUUAUGGUGAUGCUAGAAAGGAGGCUCUCGUCAAAUAUAAGAAAAAGACCAUCAAGAAUGACUCUUAUUUGCUAAUCAAUGGCAAACCGCGAAUUCCAGAAAUCUGUCAAGAGGAUCCUACUUUGCAAAAAACUGCAUUAUCGUGUCAAUGAUGGAUCUUCGGUAAUAUACUAUCCCACUGGAUAUAUUGCUGUGUCUCAGAGUCACUCAGGACUUCCCUGUGGUGGAGUUUACACUAAUGUAUUCAGUAAUAGUCCUGAGCCAUCAGUACUUGCCACCUUCACUCCCUUUGGUCAUGGUAGUAUUUGUCACCUCAACAGCAAUACAACAGCUCUGGUGGUCGAUGAAGAAGGUGGUAUGAUGACUGAGGAGGAUGGAACUAUAAAGAAACAAUGGAAAUGGAUACAAGGAGUUAAACUAAAUGAACCAAUUUUGAUACAGGUAAAUGAAUUUAUUGUGAUUCGCAUUGCAGGAGUCAACACUGCCAGUCUGUCCUAUAGAUGGCAGCAAGAGGCUGUACAUGUUUCCCUGUCCUCGCUGCAGAAUGCAAAACCUCUGCACUCUAAUGAGCUGGGAUUAAUACUGACUGAUGUAAAACUUUCCUCUAAAACUGGCAGAGAACUUUCAAAAACAAAUAAACAGAAAAUUAUGGAAAAAGAAGCAAGGAGGAAAUUUAUGGAAAAAAAAAUGACUAUUGCUGAAAGCAAAAUAUCUGAUUUGGUAAAGACUCUGGAAAUCCCAGAAGAUGAUUUCAGCCACCUUCAGGGUUUAAAGUACUUUCAAGAACUGAAGAAGCUACAGCGAAAGGUCAAAAAUAUUCUAGAUGAUUGGAUGGAGCACUAUCGUAUUGCUACAGGAAUCAGUUCCCCGGACAUUCAGAAAAUGUCAAACACCCCACAAAUGAUCCAGGCAAUUCGUAAAACCCAGUCAGCUGCCCUGCCUACAUUGGGAGUAGCAGAAGAAGAAGAAGAGGAAACUGGAAAGUGUACUAGCCAUGACGAAGGUUUUAGCCGCUUCUUAUCAGCUCCUGCAAGAAACAUUCGAUGGGAUCCACCAAAGAGUGCCUUAUCCUCUUGUACACAGAAAGAGAACAAAGAGGCAGGCAGUUUUUCUGCAAAGUUACAGAGUAAACCUGGACUUUCACUCUCCAAAGGCUCAGAAAAUAUCAGGUCGCAUAUGACGAUUCAUAAGGCAUGUCCAGUGUCUUUGCGAAAUGCACUAUUAAAAGAUGGAACUCCUAAGAGGUGCAGAUGCAGCAAUCAUCAAAUCCCAUUAGUCAGUGAUGUGGAGUAUGAUGACUUCAUCCAAGGUCAGAUCCCUGGGAUUGAACAGAUCUUAGUAAUGUGUGUGGUUUCAUCUUCAGCCCUAAAGAACUCAGCUGGUGUUGACAUACUUGAGGAACUUUAUGAGAAGAAGAACAAAAACCGCAGCAUGCCUUGUGAACAGAGCCGCCUGGACUCAUUUCGCUUGGUGAAAUAUGACAUUAAUACUGCUGGCAGUGUCACUGACUGGCAUGACUGCCUUUUGGUUCGUCGACACAAUGUAGCUCCUGGCAUGUUUUUGAUGUAUAUUUGUGGAAAGCUUCUGUUUGCUGACUACAUAUUCAAUGGCUACAGCAACUCUAUUAAAGACCUCCAGAAGCAGAUCGCCAAAUCCCGUGGAGACUAUCGGAUGGGCUUUCGUCUGCCCAGUGAUUUUAGAUUCAGCCCUCACUCAGAAAUUCCCCCGGAGAAAAAGCUGAUGCCAGCAGAGUCAGCUCCAGGCAUUGAAUCUAGGAAGUGUAAGGACUGGCCACUCAAACACGAUUGCUGUGUCCAAGAAACAGACAGGACUGCAUCUGUUCAAGAUAGUGCAGCACUCAACAUGUCAAAGAGGAGCCACCUGUUAUGUGACAGGAUAAACAACCAUCCUCCCCCCUUGUCCUCCGUUCAGAUGAAGAAGGGACUUCUAAACACAUAAAAAUAACAAUCAAUUAUUCCAUAGAGUUUUUUUUUUACCAAAGAUGUUAUUUAGUCCAAAAGUAAUGGGUGACAAGUUAGAAGGUAGCUUUUCUAGUUCUUGGAAACUUUGUUUAAGAGUGAACUAUGGUUUUAUACAUGAUGAUUUUUCCCAGCAAAAUAUCUUCUGCCUACAUGUAGGAUUCCUUUUCUCUUCAACAAGACUGUUUCUAGUCUUAAAAUAAAAACAGGCACAUUUGACAGUUUUAUAGAUGGAAAGGUCAGAUAGAUGGAUCAGUGCUAACUACCAGUCAUUUUAAAAACAGAACACAUACAGUAUAAGAAUGUAAAGGGCAUGAGAGACAAGUCCCUGGAGGACGAUUGUAAUGUACUGGUCAAUCUACAUCCUGGCCUUCAGCUAUGGUCUACGAGCACUUGGUAGUGAUUGGAAAGUGACCAAAAUGAGGCUCCUGUACAGGGUUGCUGGGAUUGUUUGCAGUGAGUGAUAGAGGAACACAGCAAAACAGAGGUUUAGUAGAGGGGGGUGUGGGGGAGAUGGUUGGUGGACUUCAGAGGCCUAAAGCUUUACUAAACACAGAGGAACCGGUUAAAGGUGGUCUCUCUUGGUUAGGAUGCCCUCAAGUGCCUCUCAAGAUGGGUGCACCAGGCAUGGCUCUUUGGGAAGAUACAGAGAAAACAUUAAAAGGGAUUAGAUCUUUUGAGUGGCCUGGCAGCAUUUCAAAUUUCUCAGGGGGAGCUGGAAAAAAUUGUGAAUGUUAAGAUUGUGCAGUCUGUCCAGCUCAGCACGUUUCCACGUCACCCCACAGUGGGGAAAUCAGUUUGAAAAUGAAGUUGUGAAUAAGAAAAUCAGCAUUUAUUGCUAUACACAAAUGCAGAGUGGGUUUAUAUGAUAGUUAUGUUUAUAAAAGUGUGCUUUAUGAUAACCCCCACAGUGAAAAAACACACUGUAUAAAAUAUUGAGUGGAAUCCAUCCAACUUAGGAACAUGAUCAUUUUAUCCUAUUAAAGCUUAUAAUUGAUACAGACAAGAAACAUCAGAGAUAGUAUUUUCCCCCAAAAUGUAAACAUAUACACAUGGCAAUACUUUUCCACAACUAUUAAGAGCACAUAAACAGAAAAAUGGAGUACAUCAGGUAAGCUGAUUUGUAUUUUCUCUUUACAGUGGAAUCCUGUAUUUCACUACACUCUCAUGUGUUAUGGAGCAAGAGAGCAGUGACAUGCUAUGUGUUGGCCAUAUGAAUUUCACUAUACUUUGUACACGUGACAUUACUAUAACUAAAUUUAAAAACUCAAGCAUCUUGAAUGCUGUCACUGUUUUACGCAAGGCUUGCUUAGAACAUAAAGAGAACAUAACAAGCGUGACAAAUGAGGUGAGACUACUGACCACCAUCAAGCUCAUUUAGUUAGCUACAAUGUCCCAGUAUCCAGGUACUUUUUAAAAGCUGUCAAGGUUUCUGCUGCAAAUACAAGUCUCCAG